UAUCUAACAAGACUCCGUCUUUGCAUGCAGCAACAUUUUUCGUUUUGCAUAUUCUAUCUUAUUCACCGACUACAUAUCCUAAACCAAGCUGAGAACCUGAAAACUAACUACAGCAGUAUAAUUUCACUAACCACUAUGAGCAGCUGUCAAUCCAAUAUAGAUGAUCCCACCCCAGAGAUUGAACUUCCGGGCUUCCGGUUCCAUCCAACUGAGGAAGAGCUCCUUGAUUUUUACCUCAGAAGCAUGAUUUAUGGCAAGAAGUUGCGUUAUGAUGUAAUUGGGUUUCUCAACAUCUAUCACCAUGAUCCCUGGGACUUGCCUGGAUUGUCAAAGAUUGGAGAGAGGGAGUGGUACUUUUUUGUGCCUAGAGACAGGAAGCAUGGCAGUGGAGGGAGGCCUAACAGGACUACUGAAAAUGGAUUCUGGAAAGCCACUGGUUCUGACCGGAAAAUUGUGAGCUUAUCAGAUCCAAAGCGCAUCAUUGGCCUGAAAAAGACUCUUGUUUUCUAUAAGGGGAGAGCGCCCCGAGGAAGCAAGACUGAUUGGGUCAUGAACGAGUAUCGUCUCCCAGAUGGUCACCCCUUGCCUAAGGACAUAGUUCUGUGCAAGAUAUAUAGGAAGGCAACUUCCUUGAAAGUCCUGGAGCAAAGGGCAGCACUGGAGGAAGAGUUGAAGGCAAUGAACACAUCUCCUUCAUCUCCACUUUCAUCCUUAGAGACCAUCUCUUUCUGCAGCCCAAAAGAAGAUGUGGUGCCAUCAAUUUCUGUACCCCAAGUGGUCUUGAAGAAAGAAAUCGAAGAGGAAGAAGCCAUGGUAGAAGAGAAAAGAGAUGGAACAGCAAAGGAGAACGAAACUCCUUCAACAUCUCUGCAAUUCCCAUUAGGCAAGGAAAAAUUGCCAGAGCUCCAAGUACCCAAAAUGACCGACUGGAACCAGGAUCAAUUUUGGACUCAGCUAACUAGUCCCUGGUUUCAAAAUCUGACACCGUAUGCCAACAUCUUGAAUUUCUAGAGCCUAAAUUACUAUGCAAAGCUUAAUUUAGUCUCUGAUGUUGUAUAUAUAUAAGCUAGAAUUAUCUAGUACCAUAGUAUUACUUUAAGUACUUAAUGUCAUCCCUCUCACUGAAGCAGAGGUUGCAGCUUCAAUCUUUGGAAGCCUUUGCUGUUUCUGUUAAUGCAAAUUUUUUCCAUAAA